AUGGCGAUCGUAUUUUGUGGUCCAACUGCAUUAAAUACCGGUCAACGUCGUAGAAAUGGAUUAUCAUUACCAUUACAUUGGAUACAAAUUUUUGCAAUUAUAGUCAUACUAUUUCUUAUACUGAUGAAUUAUUUAACAUUAUGUGUUAAUAUUCCUACACAUCCAUGGCAAUGGUUAAAUAUUGUGCUAACUUCACUGAUUAUACUUCCAUUUUUAUUUAUUUUUAUAAGAUUAGCUUAUAUUGAUCCGGCUGAUGACGAAGUCAUAAAGAAAAGUAUCGGACCAAAAACUGAUUUUGAUCGUCGUCAACAUGCACAUGUUAUAACAGAACUUUAUUGUCAUAUAUGUUCUGUACAUGUUACAGAAAAAGCGAAGCAUUGUUCAUCAUGUAAUAAAUGUAUUUAUUCAUUUGAUCAUCAUUGUGUUUGGCUUAAUACAUGUAUUGGAGGAAAAAAUUAUCGAUUAUUUCUCUCAAUGUUAUCGUUAGUUGUUAUUGGAACUUUAAUUUUAUUUAUAAAUAGUUUACUGCAAUUUAUUGGCUCAUUUCAAGAUCUAUCAUCAUCAACAUCGUUACUCAAAUUAAAACCAUUUUAUAAUUCAAAUCAAUAUGCUAUAUUAAUGAUUCCGUCAUCACUCAUCGCAUUUCAAGUCAUAACAGCAAUCAUAGCAUUUAUCGCUAUUGCAUGUUGGGGAUUAACUCUAUAUCUUCUUGCUUUUCAUAUUUAUUUAUGUUAUCAUGGUAUAUCAACAUAUGAUUAUGUUGUUAAUCAUCGAAUUAAUCGAACUGUUAAUCAAACAUUAUCUCAAUUUAAUCAACUUAAUCACAACCAUUUGUCACCAAAAGAAACGGAAUUAACUCCACAAAAACGAAGAAAAACGAAUCAUUUGGAAUUUUAUAAAGAUAAUGGUACUAUAAAUCAUUCUCCAAAAUCACAAGUUUAUACUGUCGAAGGAAAUCAUAGAGAUUCUUCACAACAUUUACAAACACGUCAGAGUUUAAAUCAAGAAGGUUAUAUUCUUAAAAAUGAAUCUAAAACACAUGAUGGAUAUUAA